CCACUAAAUUUGGCCUCAAAUCCAACUGCCAAACGCCAACAUAACCAAGUCCAUUGUCUUCUUCUUCUUAUUCUUCUUGCCCUAGUUCUGCGAACACAGAGAAACGUAGCCUGGAUUCCAUCUGCCAAAAACCAACAUCACCAUUCACCAUACCAAUUGUCUUCUCCUUCUUCUUCUUCUGCUCGUUUAAGUCUUAGACCUGCGAAGAUAGCCUGAAAUCCAACUGCCAAGUGCUAUCAAUACUUUCUCCUUCUUCUUCCUCUUUAAGCUGUUUACAGCUAAAAGACUUUGAGUGCCAACAUAGGAAUAUAGUCGACAUUGGUUCAGACCUUCAGAUAUAUACAUGCCAAACAUGUCCACUGUCAGUUAUUCUCCUGCCAUCAUGUGCAUUUUAUUUUUCUUGGCGUUCUUUUCCGCUUCCUCGGUGCAUGUUAAUGGUGAGGAGGGAAUUGAGUUCAUAAAGAAGACUUGCAACCAAACACUUGACUACAGCUUCUGCUUGACCACGCUGCAGGCAGACAACAGGAGCAGCCAUGCAAAUCUCACUGGCUUGGACGUUAUUGCCAUGGAAAUGGGCGUCAAGAACGCAACGUCUACGCUGUCAUACAUCUCCAAACUGCUCAAGCAGAAGACUGAUCCUUACACCAAGGCGUGCCUGAAAGACUGCAAUGAGUUGUACUCGAGCAGCAUCGAUUCGUUCAAGUCCGGCAUCGAGAAUUUGGGGGCUAAGCGGUACGACGACGUCAACGUGGAUAUAUCGGCCGCCAUGACCAACGUAGACACGUGCGAGACGGGGUUCACAGACGGAAAUGGAGGAGCUUCCCCUUUGACCAAGCAGAACCAGAAUCUGAUGAACAUCGGGAGUCUUACACUCGCCAUCCUCAAACUCAUAGCUGAACCAUAGUUCUUACAUCUGUUAGGAGCGAUGAUAUUAGUCUGCGGAUGGGCAUCUUCCCCUUCAAAAUUUCUGCUUCUGUUGAUGGUCUGGAUGGUCUCGAUGUUAUCUUAAUCGUGUGUGCCUUUCGUGACAUACACAAUAUUCUUCUCUGUCAUUAGUUCUUCUUACUAUAUUUUUUUGAUCUUUGUCAUUUCGUCUGUAUUCAGAAGGAUUAUAAAAUAAACAAUGAAAGGCUUCUUUAUUUAAUAA